AUGUCGAAUAAUCCUUUAUCAGAAAAUGUUAAAAUAAAAAUUACAGAAUCUCAAAAUGACACUACACAACCUCCUGUGCAAAAUAAUACAAACAUUAAAUCUCUGGAUCAUUUAAGUCCUUUGUGGGUCCCUCCUUGUAUCAUUAACCGCUCAGACUUAUUAAAUUUAAAGUAUUUAGCUAAAGGUGGAUAUGGUGAAGUUCGAACAGCACUAUGGAAUGGAAAACAAGUAGCAGCAAAAUUUGUUGAACGCAGAGAUCAAAGACAACUAAUAGAUUUUAAACGCGAGUUUAGGGCCUUGAAAUUAUCUAAUAAUUGUAAUGAACUCAUUAAAUUCCACGGAUUAUCUGAAGGUGAUAAAGAUGGAGAAUAUAUCAUAGUAAUGCAAUAUGCUGAAAGCGGAACUUUAAAAGAUUAUCUUGAAAACAACAAGAAUAACCUAAACAUAGAUCAUAAGAUUUCUUUAUGCAAAGAUAUUCUUAAAGGAUUGAAUUUUUUGCAUGAAAAUGAUAUAAUUCACAGAGAUUUAGUAACUCGUUUGGCAGAUUUUGGCCUUUCAAAAUCGGUUCAUUCAACAGGAAUAUCAGGGGUUCGAGGAAUGGCACCUUUCGUUGAUCCAAAAUUACUAUAUAGUCCCAAUUAUUCGCAUGAUACAUCCACCGAUAUUUAUAGUUACGGAGUGCUAAUGUGGGAAAUAUCUACCUGCAUCCAACCAUUUGAUGGUAGACAAGACCAUAUAAUUUUAGUUCUUGAACUUUUUUUUGGAGUGAGAGAAAAACCAAAAGAAGGAAUGCCUUUGGACUAUGUAAAGAUAUAUGAAAAAUGUUGGAACCCAAAUCCUUCAUUGAGACCUAACGCUAUCGAAGCAUUGAAUGACCUUGAAAAUUUAAAGAAACAGCCGACUGUGACUAAAGAUGAUAUUCAAAAAUUUAUUCCCGAAUACGAUCUUAUAAAAGAUAUUAAAGAAUUUAUCAAGACUAGUUAUGCAGAUUCUGAUAACAAGGUGCAACCGCAAUUCAUUAAAGAAAUUAUCCAUGAACAAAAGUUAGACAAG